GCCCUUGUUUACGACCCACAACCAUGCCCGCCCUCGAUGACUACCACACUUUGUAUUCUAGAGAUUCCGCCUCAUCACUCACCCCCACUCCUACUCAACGUACGACUUUAAUUGUUGCCGGCUGUUAUAUCGUAGCAAUCGCGAUCCUAUGGCAUGUGCCAUUCCUGAGCUGGAUAAUUUAUCCUUUCAAAUUACUGACCGUCGGCUUUCAUGAAAUGAGCCACGCUAUAACCGGCGUUUUGACUUGUGCAACGAUUCAUUCAGUUGAACUUGAUCCUGAUGAAGGGGGCGAGACGCGCAUGUCCGGUGGUAUACCAUGGAUAACUCUUCCCGCAGGGUACCUCGGCUCGUCGCUCAUCGGAGCUUGUCUCAUAGCAUGUGGAUUUGAUACCAACGCCAGCAAAAUUGCCUGUCUGGUGCUCGCAGGAUUCUUCCUAUUCACCCUCUGGUGGGCCCGAAGAAAUUGGCUAACGUGGGCCCUGAUCGCUGGAAUGUCGGGACUCAUAGUUCUGUUCUGGUUUGUGGCCGGAGGGGUUGCGCUUCGUUAUUUUAUUCUUUUCAUUGGAGUCAUGUCGUGUAUGUAUGUCCUCUGGGAUGUCAUAGAUGAUACCGUGGCCCGUAAAGUCAACAAUUCGGACGCUUCAGCUUUUGCAAGAAUUUGUGGCUGUUUCCCAUCUCAAGUUUGGGGCGUGAUCUGGUUGAUCAUAGCCUUCCUCUUCUUUGCUGCUGGGGUGCUCGUUGGCCUCGUUGCCUUCAAGGAAUCAGCCGCAGUACAGAAAGAACAAUCAGAACACUUCCUUCCCGUACCUGGAUCUAGCAGCGCAAUGUCUUCUGUAUCAACGUCUGGCUCGCUUGUUUUGUUAACGACCCUCCUCUCGUGUAUUGUGUUGAAUUUGUAGAAGGGAAGUAUUGCAAAGACAUUAUACCUAUCUGGAUGUCGUUUUUUCCAUGUUGUAGCAAGUGUUGUACUUGUUGUUUUUGCCUGAUCUUGAAAGCGGGACAUAUCUUGUGUUUGAUGUCACUAGUGUUCCUUCCUAUAGGUUAUUACAUCCAUAACGAACUUGGAGCAUUGUAUCAUAGUUUUAUUGGAUACUACCUCACAUAUAUAACGUGCAAAUACUAG